AUUAGUUUUCCGUCGUGCCAGUUAAUCCGCCGGCUAUCGCAAAUUAAUUAGGGAAAAUGUGAUCGCCACCGCGUUUCCUUGGUCGAGUUUGAUCGAGGUCGUCCCGAAAACCCUGCCAGGAUGAACAGCUCGCCGCAGGCCAACGAAGCCAACGCGGCGAGACGCGCCGGCAUCGACAACAGCGACGAGGAGGACUGGAGCGGAGUGUCGGCUGUUCUAGAGAAAUCAAAGUCGGAUAGAGUGUCCCGGCCAGGCGAGGAUAGACGUCGACGAACCAUUAUCGUCGAGAAAAAAAAUGGCACGUACGGCUUCACAUUACAGAGUUACGGGAUACAUUAUAAACGGGAGCAGGAGAUCGAAAUGGUCACAUACGUCGACUACGUGGAAUAUGAUGGACCAGCUUUUAAGGCCGGAAUGCGCGAGGGUGACGUUAUAUUGUCGAUAAAUGGCCACGAGAUGGACAGAGCCGACCACAAGACUUUAGUUAAUUUUAUCAAAAACUGCGACACCAGAAUGCGAAUGGUCGUGUCUUUUGAAGACUGCGUCAGGAAGGUGGAGCUGCACAUGCGAUACAUAGAACUGCAGCGAGCACUUCAGUCACGUUUAGGAGAACUGGAGCGCUUAUGCGAACGAGAACGGUCUAUCCUUAUGGGUCGAUGGAAGACCCAUUCACUGCCAGCGCGAAAAAGAACGCCGAAUAGUACAGUAACUAGUAAUCCAGGCCAACCGUCUCCGUCUUCUAGCUUCACUUCUUCAGCGGUCCAAUGUUGUCGCCCUGCAACUUCUACGGAGCACCUCCUUUUAUAUAGCGUGUAUGCUGAUGGGCGGCCUUGUCUUAUCCCACGAAGUGCAGCCUGCCUAAUAGCGGUUGGCCCUCCAAGAUCACGUAGCGAUCAUCAUCACUUUCUCUCGAAGACAACGAAUGAAAUUCCGGCCUCUUCUCGGCAUAGCUAUCACCAGGCUAAUGGCAUGGUCACUCCCGCUAAAACUAAGACGCACAAGUCUGUCCAGCAAUCUUGUUCCAGCGAGACUCAAACUCUACAUCCUAGUUCACAAAACAAUCUUUGCGUAGCUUGUAUUUCCAGUGCUAGUCAUCGCAGAGACCCCUCCGAUGGUGGAAGUUUAGAUGCGUAUGACUUAGCGAGCCCUUGUUGCGAUCCUAACUGUGUGCCUAGCAGAAGACGCAGAGAAAAACAGCGAAGAGCUCGUAAUGAACAGAGUCAUCAACAGCAACAACAGCAACAACAACAGCAGCAGCAGCAACAGCAACAAAUGCAACAAAUGCAUCACCAUUUAUCGCAGCAGCAACACACAACACAGUCACAGCAAUCACAGCAACAACCACAGCAACAACCACAGCAACAGCAUUCAUCGCACAAUUGUCCUCGUGCAUCGGGUCACAGCUUACAUUCUAUCACCAGCAGCGAAGUUUCCACUGCAGCUGAGAGCGCAGCAUCCUGUUCGACAUCACUGAGCACUGACACUUUAUACUGGGAUCCAAACAUUCACCAGCGUCCACCGCCUUGUCUGCAAUAUGCGAAACCUAAAUCAUGGGAUAAUUUGACUACUAAAGCAUUCGGAGGAUAUGGAUUUGGUUUCGGUUACCUGGAUACUGGGGCAAUAAAAACGCACAGCGCAGAAAGGCCUGCAAAGAGCUCUCAUGGUCGUGCCAAGACUCCUACAGGAGCUACGCAGCGUAGAACUGGCACAACGACGGUAUACUCGGCAGCAUCUGGACAUCAUUUUCAGCCUACAAAAUCAACAGAAAGCCUAUUAAUUCCUCCGCCUUAUCAAGGUGAUCUCGAUGCGAGUCUGAGCUGCGAAUGCUUAGACGGGCCUAGUCCAAGAUUCAUAUCGGUGCAACUAGAGAAGCACAAAAGGCAAGACGAGCCUAAUUAUAUUAGUAGCGGCACUAUAAAUCAUGCCCAGAUCAGACAUCGCCGGUCUAGUCAUUCCGAUGGAAAACUGCGAGCUAUGAACAAUUCCGAAGUAACACGACUAUAA